AUGAUGAUGAUGACAACUUUUCUUUGCUAUGGAGUACAACAAAUAUUAGUGCAAGAUUUUGGAUCACAACGAAGUUCACAAUUACUCAUGCCCUAUUUGCAAGCUAUUUAUAUUACUGUCAAUUGUACAUUUACACGGCCUGUUUUAGAUCUAAUUUAUCAAUGGCGAGAAGAAAAACUUGAUUAUUAUAAACAAGAACAUAAUUUAUAUACUACUAAUCAUAUUUUAAGCACACACAAUCAAAAUGAAAAAAACAAAAAUUCAGCACAUGAAUUUAAACAAAUUCCUAAUUAUUACUUAUAUUUCUGUAUUCCAAUUAUUAGCAACAACAGUAGUUUACCAAUGUUGGUUGUGUUAAUUGUAUAUCAACAAACUGAUUAUUAA